CUAUUUUUUUCUCCUAUUAGCAGGAAAGGUUGUGUCCAAGCACCCAAAAUACAUUUAACUACUAUCUUAGUGGUGUUUCAUCACAGAGUGCAUUGUAAAAACAACACUUGAGCAUUCCAUUAUGUUGAAGUUUCAAACUUGAUCUUUUAAUUUCAGGUUGUGUUCAAAAUCAGUCACAUAGACAAUAUUAUACUGACUCCCGUGAACUCCUGCAUGUUCAUGGUUCAGCUUUCACUAAUUAGCCUUUUUGCAGUUUUUUUUUUUUUUAACCUAUCCUCUGUAGUUUUACAAAUUUCGUUUUUGUGCCAAUACCUAUACUGAUUAUUAGUAGUCAAUGAAAUUGACAACUGAUAUUUGUAACCACUAUUCACUUUCAUUAAAAUGGAAAAUAUUGGCAUUUAAAAAAAAAAAAUCCAACUAUUAACAGGUUUAAUGUUUUUUUUUAUUUUAAACAAACAAAAAAAAAAACGUUUCAGUGCGUUCCUGGAUUUGGCUACAUCUGUCAGAAAAUUUGAUUAAAUAGUUCCCUUAAGUUCCCAGUUUUAAAUGGAUCUCUCAAUGGACAUCAGAUUUUUCAAAGAAGGCUGAUGGCCCAGACGACAAUUGAAUGAAAUGAAUAGUAGCAAUUUCACGGAAUAUAGUUCACGCUUCAUUAACCAAAUGACAGUUUUCAAACACAACUCUGACGCAUUGUAAAUUACCUAAUCAUUGUCUCAUAAUUCCAAUGGCUUAACAUCACCCAGUGAUUCUGAACACAACCUGAAAAAAAAUGGAAAGGUUACAUUCCUGCAUGAUGUUUCGCAAAUUCAAAACAUCUACGACCGGAGAAAACAAUAGGGGUUGUCUGGUUGGGGAACAAAUGGUGCUGCACUCCCCACAUUCUUGUCAUUAUUCUGGAAUUCAUGCAUACAUGGAUGGGUUCCACGAAAACAUGUCACAUGUGGUCAGAAGUAAUUAUACAACAGGUUAAGAAUUUAUUUGAAAGAAGAUGCAGCACACAGGUUACGAGUACUAUGACAAAGGUUUUUAAAUUCAGAUUUCAAACGUUUUGAUGAUUUUUUGGGGCCGCUGAUGGUUACUUAGCACUGAGGUUACAGUGCUGAAGAAAAGCUUAUAAUUAGACAUCACUUUUAAAAAUGUAAGAUUUGUCAUGCUGGAUGAAAUAAAAUAAUUAACAAUGUCAUAAAUUUUUUUACAGUAUUUUAGCAAAGUUUGAAGAAACCCAUUCGUCCAUUCUUCGGCACUUGUGCAGGGAAAGCUGAUAACAAAGUUCUCUUUUCAAAGUCUAAAAACACCUAACUGGAUCUUCAAAAUCCCUCAAAGAAGAAAAGCCACACAAACAAGCAGAAGGGCAAAUACUUGAUAGUAUUCUAUUGUUAGAGGAAACAGAGUCGCAACUCGCUACUUUAAAACACAAUAAGUCCCAGUGCCCUUGAAAAGAUGACUUGGAUUCUGGCUUUUUAAGGCAGAGUUGCCAAGAAAGACUAAUAAAAGGAAAAGAGAACAAUAGACACACAUUCCUCUGUAGCUCAGCCUGUUCCAGUCAAACCAGAAAUUCGUCUUAUCAAAAUAACGGUAUUUCUCAUUCAACCACUGUUUUUAAUGUUCAGUAAAAUUGUGCUUUUGCCCCACAAACCUGAACCUUUGCGCUAGUCCCAUGAGAUUGACUGAUAAACAGUAGAAAAUGAAUAGAUGUUGGUAUUCUAAAUACAAUCGGAAAAUGAUCUUUUUUUGUAUAGUACUGUAUUUCAGUAAACAUUAUGAUGACUCCAGUUCAAUGGAUGGUCUCUUUCAUGAAACAAUAUUUAUUCAAUGAUUGAUGUAUUCUCUUGUGCCCCCACUCUUCACUCUCUUUUUCUAUUAACAGUUUGCUUUGUUUGCAAACCCAUAAAACCUCACACAGUUCAUAAUGCCGGCAGCAGCUUUACUUCUAUUCGUCUGCAAGUGGGGCUGGGCGAUUGAGGAAAAAAAUAAUAGUCACCAUUGUUUUUGCUAUUGAAAUCAUGAAUAAUCGUGACUAGCCCUUAUCUCUUUAUUGUAUUUAUUUGACCUAAUUCUAUGAGUCUUGGGACCUAUUGGGCUAACCUAAACUUUACAUAAAACUUGAAAGAACCAACUGAAAAAAUACUGGUAGUCACAAAUUAAAUAAGAAUUUAUUAAAAAAUUAAUUAAAAAAAUAUUUAUGUAUUAUAUGAUUUGUGUAAAAAAAACACUAAAACAACAACACACAACUAAAUGCAAAAAGACCAUUGCCACAAACUGUUGAACACAAUAAUUGGUUUUCUUCAAUUAUAAUGUUAAAGAUAACGAUAGAGGGAUGCCAGAAUCAAACUGACGAUCUUCUAAUUCAAAUGAAUUGCCCAGCCCUAUCUGCAAGUUGACCAUACUGUUCCCUACUUCUCACACAACUAAUUGUUCCUAAAUUACAGUCUGCAGGCAUGCUGGGGUGACUUUUUUUAAUCAUUAUUUUUUACUAAUUUCUUCUAAAUUACAGCGUGCAGGGAUGCUGGAGUGACUUUUUUUUCUGUUCACUUUCAGCCCUUAUUGCUCAUUCGCUGUCUCAUUUUUAUUACAGGAACUUCCCUCUGAAGCAGGGAGGGUCUGCAUAUAAAAUGGUCUGCAGUUCUGUGCUUCAUAGAUGGCAUGUCCUGCUCUAUGACCAUGGAUGGCCCCCGCAGUGCUUUUCCCACCUCUUCCAGCUCCACCAAACAGUGCAAUUCUUCAGCCAGUGACCAUGUUCACAGUGGCAGUCUCGACCCAGAGGACAUCCGAACUUGCCGAGCCGUACCAGAGAGCUUUGGUGCCGAAGGUGGGAGUGCCAACGGCAAUGGCGGUGCUCAUUGCCUGGCCACCAGUGAGGUUGGAGGAGGGUUAGGUGUGAUAUCCCAGGAGGAUCAGCCCCAUCAGCAUAUGAUGCCCCCCAAACGUCGCACCGAACUGAACAUCUCACCGCCUCCCCAAGACCUACUUAGCGACAGUCACAUGUCCUGUCAAGCAGAAACCUCAUUGGAUUCAGAACACAGCAACAGCAUCUGGAUGGAGGACUCCCUCUCCAACUUCAGUAACAUGAGUACAAACUCUUACAAUGACAACACAGAGGUGCCACGAAAGUCACGCAAACGCACCCCACGACAAAGGCCGGGGCCCAAGUCUUUGCUUACCAAUGAAGCCAGCAUGGAUGUUUUCGAUGCGGACAGCGCCAAAGGCCCACACUAUGUCUUCUCCCAGCUCGGCUCGGACAGCAAGACUGGACAAAAAGGAAGUCCACAAGAAAAAACUCCGGCGUCUCACCUAAAAGGAGUUCUGUCCAUGCAAUAUCCAUCUAAGAGUGAACAAAAGGAGCUGAAGAUCCUUGUUCAGCCUGAGCCUCAGCACCGGGCUCGCUACCUGACGGAGGGCAGCCGAGGGUCCGUCAAGGACCGCACUCAGCAGAGCUUCCCUACCGUCAAACUGGAGGGUGUCAAUGAGCCAGUCAUUUUGCAAGUUUUUGUCGGAAUCGAUACUGAGCGGGUGAGGCCCCACGGAUUUUACCAAGCUUGCAGAGUGACCGGCCGCAACACCACAGCCUGCAAAGAGGUGGAUAUUGGGGGCACAACUGUCAUUGAAGUCCCCUUGGACCCAAGCACCAAUAUGACCUUAGCUGUGGACUGCGUUGGAAUCCUGAAGCUACGAAAUGCCGAUGUGGAGGCUCGCAUCGGUGUGGCGGGGUCAAAAAAGAAGAGCACACGUGCCAGGCUCGUGUUUCGGGUUAACAUCCCACGUCCAGACGGUUCAGUGCUCACACUCCAAACGUUGUCAUCUUCCAUCCUUUGCACUCAGCCGGCAGGGGUUCCGGAGAUUCUGAAGAAAUCAUUGCACAGUUGCUCAGUGAGGGGAGGAGAAGAGCUCUUCAUCAUUGGCAAGAAUUUUCUCAAAGACGCCAAAGUCGUUUUUCAAGAAAAUGUCGCUGAUGAAACAUCUUGGAAGACGGAGGCAGAAAUUGACAUGGAAUUGUUUCACCAGAAUCAUUUGAUCGUGAAGGUUCCACCUUACCAGAACCAAAGCAUCACCUCACCAGUGUGUGUGGCUAUCUAUGUAGUCACCAUUGCUGGCAGAUCCCAUGAUGUUCAACCUUUUACAUACAAUCCAGAUUCAGAGAACACUGAAGUUUUUGUGAAGAAAGAGACGUCAUCUCCAGUGAAGACAUGUCCAUUUGAUGAUCAAAUUCUGAUGCCUCAUAUGGUGCCUCAAGUGAAGAAAGAAGAAGUCACUCCAAUGGAGGUUACCAACAACCUCCAACCCUCUGCUGUGUUCAAGCCGCCACCUGACCUUGGUCCAGCUCAGCAGAACCCAGACAUGUCUACAGGUCAUCUAAAUAACAUAGAUUUUUCCAACACAUUGCCACAAUCCUUGGGCGACCCCGACAAGGGCCAGGCACCAGAUUUUACCAACACAGAGGCCUUAACUACAAUCCAACCCAUGGUGGGUCUUGGGCAGGGUCAAGUCAGCAGCUCCGGGUCUACGGUGCGACCUUGUGGUGAUCCCGUAGCUCAACAGCAGCAGCUGCCCAUGUUCCCUUCUGGCGAAGUGAACCAGUUUGAUGAGGCGGUUAGACAAAAGCCCGAAGCGUUUGGUAAUGUGCCACUUCAGACGGAUAACUCAAUGACCAGCCAACAGCACCAUUUGCAACACCAACAGAUCCAAAACCGGCAACUUCAGCAGCAACAGCAGCAAAUUCAUCAACAACAACAGCAGCAACUUCAGCAGCAACAGCAUCAAAUUCAUCAACAACAACAGCAGCAGCAGCAACUGCAGCAGCAGGUGCUGGAGAAUCUUCAACAGCAAAUAUACCAAUCGCAGUGUGUGAAUGUGGAGCAACAGGGAUCCUCACAAUGUGCUCUACCAAACCAGGGCUCACUUUUCCAACAGGCUCAGCAGCAGCAGCAACAGCAGCAGCAACAACAAACAACUCUCUUUCAGCCGAGCACCGAUUUGCUCUCUAUUCAGACCAACUUCCUGCAGCAGACACCCUCACAUCCCUCACCGCCAGCGUUCCACAACGCCGGCCCUCUGGCUGAAGCGCACGAUCCCCAGGGAGCUCUGUUUCAUAGCCAGGGUGCCUCUCACACUCCAGAGCCGGUGCAGGUGGUGCUCUUCCAAAACCCCAUGACAGUUCUGCCCUCUCCGGACCAGCAACCUUCAACGCCUAGUCUUUUCCUCCCCCAGACAUCUCUUUCAGGUCAGCUGACAAGCAAUAGUAGUAACCAACAGCAGCAAAUGGCCUUUCUCAGUGCUCUCCAAACACCUGCCCCCGAACAACAAGCGGUGUUUCAGCCUCAGGCUCAGACUCAGCUCUCUCCCAUUCAGCAAGGCGCACCAAUGGAGCAACAGCAGCCUCCCCAGCCUCAGCCCCUCUCUCAGGCAAGUCAGCAGCAAUGUUUGUUCCAGAACAUCUCUCAGCAUCCACCUGCAAACACGCUGUCUUCAGCUCAACAGCAGCCAGCCGGACACCUGUUCUGUAACAACCCCCUGCCUACCGCAGACCCGACAUCCAACAUUCUCUUUAGCAGUCAGGGGCAGAUGCCUCCUAUGAGCAGCAGCAGUCUAGUUUCCCAAGAGCCCCAGAACCCGUCGCUGCUUUUCUCACAAGCCAGCAUGGUGACGGUAACCCAACAGGUGCACUCAGAGCCCAUGGCCUUAGGUAACCCUAACGAUGCACGUCAGCAAGUGCUAUUCCAGGAACAGCAACCAAUGCAACUUGGAAACGCCACAAACAAUGGGCAAGAGCAGUCCGUGGGGAUCUUCAUGCCUCCGCCAAACAUGGCCUCUCUGCAAGGCGGGUUGUCUCAGGAGCUUGCGCAGUCGGCCAUGUUUGCUUCACCCAAUGGUGUGGCGAACCUCCAGACGACCACCUCGUCUCCUGUUCAACAGCCGGGGACUCUGUUUCAGUCUGCAGUCGGUGGGACCAUCAGGCAGCCCAACCAACCUCAGCAACCUGACGUAUUCAUUUUUGGAAUUCACAAUGAAUGUGGUCAGAUGAUGAGCGCACCAGGAGACACGGUGUCUGACCAGAUCAUAGCCAUCAGCCAGUCUGGUCAAAACCAAAGAGAGAGUGAGGCCCGCAUUCAGUCGCUGUUCAGCCAGAGUGGCUUGAAAGCCUCCCAGAGCAUGGAGAGGAUUAAUAACCUGGCUAUGAGCCAAGAGCCGGGCAACGCCUUAACCCGUUCAUACUGAUUUCCAGAGAGGAUUUCUCUUUUAUUUCUUCCUUAUUACAGUAACAAAACUGUUUGAGGGGACAAAAUAUUAUUAGAUGAUUAUAAAUGGGAAUGAAUCAUUUGUGUUCUGCCCAUUUAAGAUUAGAAUUGAUCUCAUCUCAAAUUAUUUUUAAAAAAGACAUUUCUUUGAAAAGUACUCCAAGUGAACUAGAUUUGAGUGGAAUAGAGCUACUGUAUGUAGACGGGAGAUGAUAGCUGUAUGUGCUGUAAUUUUCAAAAUAUUUUCAGGAUGGCGUGGUAGAAGCGAAAGGAAAGAUUGAGCAAUGUGGUAUGAAUGUAAUAUGAUGGGGUUGUGGUUGAAAGGAGAAUAGAAAGUGUAAAGAGAGAAAAAAGGCAGAGAAUGGUGUGUUUUUUAAAAUUAAAUAUGAAUGUCGACACAUUUGUGCCUUUACAGUAUAGCAGUACUCAGCAUUAGCCAAAUAUUGCCAGUCCUUCGGUUUUGGCACGUUUAUAUUUCAUAUUUGUCACAGGAAGGUUGAUGAAACUUAAGUCGAGGAAAUGCACUCUAAUUGGGCUUUUAUUUAUUUGCAUAUUGGAAUACCAGAGAAAAAUCAUCAGGAUGAUGUCCACUGGAAUACAAUGAUGAUCGAAUAAUCUUUUGUUACUUUGAUUAAAUUACUUGUUUUUCAAGACUGGUAAAAAAAUAUAUAUAUAUAUGAACAUGUUUUUUUUAGUCCUUUGUUAGUGGUACUAUUCUACUAUCAUGCCUCAAAAUGUAACAUUAGCAAAAGGUAGCACUGAAGGUGAGAUAAGUGAGGAACAUUUGAAGCAAAAGUGUUUCAAAUGAUGUAGUAAACAGAAUGUUUGUAUUAGACUGUGUCUACCUAUAGUACAAAUAUUGGAAUGUAAACUAGUUUCAUUUUGUGUCAUUUUGUGUCAUUUGUCCUUUGGAGUUACAUUGAUGCACUCCCUCUGUGUCAGGUACGCAUAACCGAGGAUUAUAUAUCAUAGUUCAGAAGUUUAAUCAUUUGCUUUAGUUUUGGGAAUUCAUGCGUUUUUUUUUUUUUUUUAAUCUCUAGGUGUGACUUUUAACACUCCAGCCUUUUAUGUUCUGCAUGCUUUUAAGUCUUUACGAGAAAAGUUGAAGAAAAUAAGGAAGUGGACAAAACUGUCUUAAUUUGUUUGGCUGUAAUGAGCUAAGAAUUUGGAGAAAAUUCUUCCUACUUGAGCCACAGCAGGAAAAAUGUGUUACUUAGAACGAAUAUAAAAACUCUAGACAUCCCAAUUAUAAUACAAAUCAAAUUUUUGUCGUAUUGGAAAAAUCAAGCCAAGUUAAUUCAUUUCAAAACUUUCCCUACUUUGAAUUAGGCCUAUAAACUUUACAGCUCAAUCUAUUCGAGAGGGGAAGUAAAAAUCAACAAUCCAGAAAAAAAAAGUGUACACACCCUCUUAUAAUCGAGAUAUGGCUGUGUUCAUAAUUAACCAGUCACAUUUACACUCUUCUUAAUUAAACACCCUUUGUAUAAAUCCUGAUGACGGGCCAGUUUUAUGGCCCGUUUGCUUAUUUUAUUUCCCGUAUCUUUCCAUUUGUGUGAUCAAACAGCAACUCAUUUCUUCUCUGUGUUUCGCUUCUGAUUUCUUAUCCUGCUGUUGUUUUUGUUGUUUGUUUCAGGGGCUGGUCUCUGUUAACGUACCUAACAAAAGUUCCAUUUGUUUUUGCGUCCAUUUUUAUUUUUAUUUUUUAUUGCUGUGUUCCAACACAGUUGUCAUUAUCCACCCGCAAACACGAGUUAGUUAGAUGAUGGUCAAUGGAAUAGUACAAUGUAACCUUUACUAAUGUGAUUAUUGGCGUGACGGUAUGUUGCUUUGAGCUGGUUUUAGUGGGAUGUUACACCAGAAGAACACCGGAUACAUAGCUACGUGUCACUGUCUCUCUUUUAAACUUGUGAAACUGAAGAACUAUAGAGUUUAAUAUUUAUGGUUGUGUUUGUUAAAUUUGUUUCUCCAGUGAGUCUUUUAUGAUUGGUUUACUCUGGCCUAUGUAUUUAUUUGCGUAGUUGGGUUUAGAUCUUUCGAACUGUGACCGGUGGCAAUUUAUUGUGGUUUGGAGCCCACAUCUGCUGAUCCUCAAUUAGAAACCUGUACUGAGACACAAAAAGGUGUUUAGUUUUAUUUAUUUUUUCCAAAUAAAUAAAAGACACUUUUAUGUCUAUAUAUACACUCUGGUGAAUUUUGGAAAAGUAAUGUGACACAUUUUUGGGCAAAUGGCACCAAAAUUUCCAUCUUAUCCUUUAAAAUAGGAAUGAUUUUCAGUAUUAUGACUAACACGAACCAAUAAGAUGUUCCGUACAUACUUUGUAUAGAAUGUUUGCAAGCAUCUCACUGAUCUUAAAAUGCACUGAGUGCACAGCUAUUUUUGUAUGUGGGAGAAAGGAUUCAAGUUCUUUGAUACAUUUCUUUCAGUAGAACAAGCUGUAAUGUUUAUUUUACCAGGUUGACUAUAUAAUUUGCUUAAACCUCUUCAAAAUACUAUAACUUCAAAUGCAGUGGUGCCUUGCAAUACAAUAUGGUGGCAGUUAACUCAACUCGCGUCACAAUAAGCAGCACAUGGGCAAGUAGUGAAUAAUUUUUCACAAAUGAAACGGCAAGACUUGAGUGUUUUAUGUUACGAGCAUGGUCAUGGAACCGAUUGAACUCAUCGCAAGGCACCACUGCUAGAUACCGUACUGUAAAUAAAUGUGCCUGUCAUAGACUGUAUUUUGCUCAUAUAACACCCAGCUUGCUUUCCAAGUCAAGACACUUUAAAUGUGUUAAUAAUGCUCUAGAGCAGGGAUGUGAUAGAUGAAUUUUGUUCUGAAAUGUCUGUCAUGCAUUGCACCCAUUUGUACUGAAGUAUCCAAUGCAUUUAUGUGGACGUGGAUGCACAUGAUUUCUGAAACUGCUAUGCAGCAAAACUGUAAAUGUAGAUCCGUUACGUUUUUGAAUAUAUAUUUUUCUAUGCAUCUGCUCAGUUUUUAAACUAUGAUGGAAACCAAAAUUGAUUUUCAUCCCAUUAUUUAAGCUUGUUGGGCUUUGUUUCUGAUGCUUUGCUUGAUUGCCUAAUGUGUUUGAAGCCUUUUUGUCGUUGAGGUACCAGGACCAGGAAAAAUCAGCACAUUUCAUUUGAAAAAUUUUUUUUGGGGGGGGGGGGGGGGGUCUGAUAAUCACAUUUCAUUGUUAAUCAUAGUGGGGAAAAGUGCUUCUGAAUAAUUUGUUGUGUAUCUGACAGUUUCGCCUUAAAAUUCUCCCAGCACAAUUGACACUCACCUACAGUUCAUGUUUUAUAAUGCAGCAUAUAUAAAGUGAAAAUUUCUUUUAGGUGUCAACCAUGUGAACAACUGUCGUAUAAAUAUUGACUUAAAAAAUAUGUUCAGCCUUUGUUGGGAUUCAUUUUUCUGUAAACCUGCUGCUAUCUAUAUUAAACAUAUACAAGAGAGAAA